AUGCAAGAUAAUACAGCUGCUGUAGAAGAGGAAAACCCCUCAUUUUCGGCCAAGAAAUUGCUGAAUCAUUGGAACACUUGUAGAGCAAUGAGGGUGAUCCUGAAGAAUGUCAUUGCUGUUGGUAUCGGUGGCAGCUUCUUAGAUCCAAAGGCUAUCGAAACAGCAAGGGGAAGGCAACUGCAUUUUCUUGCAAACGUUGAUCCUAUUGAUGUUGCGAGAAAUAUUACAGGGUUAAAUCCAGAAACUACCCUUGGUAAGCAUUAA